GUUAGUUUGAGCAGCAUCGCCCGGUGAAGGUGCUGAAACUCGUCUCGUAGCUGCUGUCAUUUAGUCUGCGCGUGCUGCCUUUACUUGGACAGAGGGCAGCUGGUGUCAAUUAUCAUAAUUAGACUCGUCGCCACCCCCGACAGGACAGCAGGUGAAUUCAUGUCUGUAUUCACACCUCAGGUAUUCUGCCCAGUGUUCGUGCCUGUCGGAGAUAUGACUGAGGUGAUUAUCAGCAGCACCCCCAUGGAGGACAUGAGGCUCAGCCCGAGCAAGGACAGACUCCCCUUCCAGAUCUUCCCAGACCCCUCGGACUUUGACCGUUGCUGUAAGCUCAAAGAUCGCCUGCCAUCCAUCGUGGUUGAGCCAACUGAUGGAGAAGUUGAAAGCGGAGAGCUUCGCUGGCCACCAGAGGAGUUCCUGGUCAGUGAAGAGGAGGAAGAGGAGCAGGAGGAGGGCAGCAACCAAAAUGGACAGCCAGCAUAAAACUCUCUGCAGUAGAGGUGGCGUUUCAGCACCUGUCCACUCUGUUCUUCAUUUCUGAUGAGCUCUACGUUUCUCACACUGGUCACACCUCACUGGAGCACUCGGCACAUUACCGACCUAGUCAUUGUCAGAGACCCCCCCCCCCCCCACACACACACACACACACACACACACACGCACAUACUGACUAAAACAAGUGAAGGAGUUUUUCUACAUUUUUCCUUUGCUGAAAUUCUUCCGACAUGGACAUGAACUAAUGGGCGACUCACAGCCUCGGCCCACACCUUCUUCCAGUCACAUCCACCACCAGGAAGUGUCGGCCCAAAGCUGGAGGCCCGUUCUAUAUCUGCUUCAUCAUCGUUCACUAAGCAGCUCAAACUCUGACGGGGUUUCUGCUGCUCUUUGACUCCAAAACAUCUGGCGUCGUGACUUCAGUCUUCAUCCCUGCGUGCUGAACUGUGCUACCUGUGGGAAGUAUUGUACAGGCACUUGUUUUCCUGCCACUGCUGUCUAAUGUCUUUCAGAAGUGAAUGUUGUGAUUUUAACAGUGGGUGGGUGUUGUGUAAAAUGUUACAAGUUUUUGUCUAAGUUAUACUUUGAUGGGGGCUAACGGUUUUCAUAGGAAGUAAAGAGAACCUAUAGCAGUAAAUGAGUAGGGUGGGGGUACUGUUACGCCUUGCUAAGCUGUGCAACUUUUUCACUUUACAGGCUUUAUGCACUGACACCAGAGUUAUGCUUUAAUUCUGUCUUCACAUUGGCCUCCAUAAACCAGACGUCUGACGAUGUGACACUGAGCUUCAGGUGAAGCUGAGGACUGAGGUUAAACAAAUAAUUUUGGGGAGUGGGGGAGCACUUGAUGAAAGCAAUGCACUGACCCAGUGACGGAUGUGCAAAUGCACGUUUCAACCCCUGAGGCUUUGUGGUGCGCAGACAUUAUGAAGUGAACUUUAAGUCUUCCUGGUUUUGAAAACAGCCAUACUUUGACACAGCGAGGCUCUGGUCCACCCUGUGGGUUACAGGCAGUACUCAGAGUCACUGACUUCUGAUAUUUACCAAAUGGUGUUAGUUGGAAAUGUAAUAUUCAACAACUUGCUGUAUUGUUUAACAGGAAAAUGUGUACGUUUUGUGGCCAGUGUGACGUUCCUGUUUUGUAGAAGCAUGACUAAAGUCUAUUCGUUUUCUCGUUGAGUGGCAUUAGGGCUCUGUAAAGAACAUCGUCCUUGUGCCACAAGUCCAAUGUUUCUUUUGUAAAGCUCAGGGAGAUUA